AUGUAUACGGUUCUCGAGUCUUUCCUUUUGCCGAGUGAAAAAUUUCAGUAUGACUCUCAUAUUUCAAUUACCGCCCUGGUAAUAAUUCACCAAUAUUCAUCACUAUUGACCUUUUCAAGAGUUAAAACUUUCAAGAUGGCUUCGUCAGUAUCAGGUCCUAUCCCAUUACCAGAAUCGCGUUAUGAUCUUUCCACUUACUGGGGAAGAGUGCGUCAUUGCAUGGAAAUCGUGGACCCCACCAUGUUGUUGACCACCUCCAAAGACCUGGCUCAUGCAAGAGAGAUCGUGAGUGCUUAUCGUCAUGGUGAAUUGAAGGAAACUACCCCAGAAUUUUGGCACGCAAAGAAGCAGUUGGAUUCCACGGUGCAUCCAGAUAACGGUGAAACCGUGGUUUUACCGUUCCGUAUGUCAUGUAAUGUCCUAUCAAACUUGGUUGUCACUGCAGGUAUGCUUACGCCAGGUUUGGGCACCGCUGGUACACUCUUCUGGCAAUGGGCAAAUCAAUCUUUGAACGUCGCUGUGAACUCUGCUAAUGCAAAUAAAUCACACCCAAUGUCUACGAAGCAGCUGAUAACGAAUUAUGCUGUCGCUGUGAGUGCAUCGUGUGGUGUUGCAGUUGGUCUGAAUAAAUUGGUUCCAAGAUUAAAAAAUUUGAAACCACAUACAAAGUUGAUUUUGGGUCGGUUGGUCCCAUUUGCCGCCGUUGUGAGUGCAGGUAUCGUUAAUGUGUUUUUGAUGAGAGGUAACGAAAUUACGAAGGGUAUUUCCGUUUUCGAUUCUAACGGUGAAGAAGUCGGCAAAUCUAAGAAAGCCGCUGUCAUUGCCGUUGGUGAAACCGCUCUCAGUAGAGUCAUCAACGCUACACCCGUUAUGGUUAUCCCACCAUUACUCCUUGUCAGAUUACAAAGAUCCCUCUUAAAGGGUAAGUCUCUGGGGGUUCAAACAGCUGCAAGCCUCGGUGUCAUCGCUUGUACGGCUUUCGCAGCUUUACCCUUCGCCUUGGCACUCUUCCCACAAAGACAAGCCAUCCACCUAAACAAAUUAGAAUCUGAAUUGAAGGACAAAAAGGACAGGGAUGGUAAACCAAUCGAAUUGGUUUACUUCAACAGAGGUAUGUAA